UCUGAAGAGACCUACAUUUUCCACCUCAGCUCUACCAUGUAAGGCUCCAGAUACAUAAGGACGACAGUGUUCCAAACUGUCAGGAACCAAAUCAUCACAGCGUUAUUCAACACCUUCGAAAGCCAUACACAAAAUGACCAUCGCUCUGCUGAUCAUCGGCGCCACCGGCAAACAAGGUGGUGCCGUUGUUGACGCGCUAGUCGCCCAAGACGCAGAUGUGGAGAUCCUCGCUGUGACCCGAAAUGCCCAAUCCCCAUCGGCCCAGAAACUGGCUCAGAAGUCGGACAAAGUUAAGCUGGUUCAGGGCGAUCUCAACAAUCCCGCGGGUAUCUUUGAAAAUGCCAAGAAAGCCUCAUCCUUGCCUGUUUGGGGCGUAUUCAGUCUUCAGAGCCCCUUUGCGAAAGGCGAGAGUCUCGAAAGCGAAGAACGCCAAGGCAAGGCCCUCAUCGAUGAGGCUAUCAAACAGCGUGUGCAACACUUUGUCCAAACGUCUGUGGACCGCGGUGGCGAUGCAUCGACCGAUAACCCAACCAAUGUUCCCCAUUUCGUGACCAAAUACAAUAUCGAACAGUACCUAUUCGAGAAAACCAAAGACGGAUCUAUGGAUUGGACCGUUUUGCGACCGGUGUUCUUUUUCGACAACCUUACACCAGACUUUAUCGGCAAAGUGACCUUCACGGCCUGGGACGCAUAUAUACAGGGAAAGCCGCUCCAGUGCAUCGCGACUAGCGACAUCGGCAUCAUUGCGGCCAAGGUCCUCUUGCAGCACGACCGAUUCAAAAACCAGUGUCUCUCCCUGGCAGGCGAUGAGCUUACCUUCGACCAGAUGGCAAAGAAAUUCAAGACCCAAACGGGGCAUAGUGUGCCCACUACGUUCCGCUUUGUGGCCUACUUUAUCAUGAUGAUGGCCAAGGAUCUGAGGCUGAUGUUCAAAUGGUUCCACAAUCAGGGCUAUGGUGCUGAUAUCAAGCAGAUCAAACAGAUCCAUCCGGGAUUGAAGGAUUUCGAUACCUGGUUGAAGGACGAAAGCCAAUUUCUCAAGCAUUGACGUUUGAUACCUCUUUAGCUUUGUAUAUUGUUUUUGGUCUGAAUUAUUCUAAUUACUGCUACCUUGAUGUAAUGUAUUUAACUGGGAUUCUUGGAGCAUUGGUUCAAUCGGUCUGUCAUACUAGGCGACAAAAGUGAAAUUCACCAGUAAUUGCAACGUACAAAGAAUCCGAGAUACAUGCUUCGAUGCAAGGAUGUAGACAGCAUAAUGCCGAAUCACUCCCCUGCCAGUAUCCCCGCUCUUCGCAGACGGAAGGCUCCAGUUGGCUUCGAGUUCCGCUCACGCGUGUUCCUCUCAUAUAGCCGGCAACGUCUGCGCUACCGCAGCCCUAUGCAUGUUUUGCCCAGCAAUGCGACGCCAGCGCCUGAGCGGC